AUGUCUACUCUUCCCUUCGAGCUGGAGCAAGAUAUUUUUGAAAUCGCUGCCACCAGUGACCGUUGGUCAGCCUUGAGUCUGGCUUUGGUCGCUCGACGAGUACGGUUCUGGGUAGAACCUACCAUUUACAAGUGCGUCGCACUCAAAUAUGACAAUAGCGAAUCAGCAAGAGUUUUGGAGGGAUUUAUUUCUGCCCUCAAAACCAAGCCCGCCACAUUUUUUGCUAGAUAUGUCAAGACACUUCUCCUCUCUGACAUUCCGACGUGUCACGUUAUGGAGAUCCUCGCAGUCUGCACUGGCCUAACAGAUCUUAGAGUCUGGCCACAUACUCCGUCACCCAUCGCCCACUUCGUCGUCACCACCUCCAUCCGCCCCACUCAUCUGUCUUUUUCUGCCGAGCACGUUGCUGCACACCGCCGCGCUCCCGACUUUGCGCUCCCAUUUUACCAAGAGGUCACGCAUCUGGAGCUGCAUGAUACCUGGGGGCAGUUAAUGACCUGGGCACCAAACUUUGCAAUGCUCCCGCAGCUGACACACCUCGCUCUCGUGUUCGGUUUCCCAUUCUCGUGCGGCUCUAUAGUUAACUAUGUCCUAAAUGCCAUAUUGGCAAAUUGCAGCAAGCUGAAGGUCUGCGUACUUCGUUGCAUGCUCAGCGAGGAUGAACUUCGGUUUGGGCAAGGUGCAGCGAUUGCCCAGUCCAUCACAGAUCCCCGUGUUGUGGUCGUGCCAUGGCGCCGCUCACAGACGAGGUGGGCGGGUGGUUUGUGGAAUGAGAACGCAGAUUUGUGGAACCGAGCUGAGGUCAUCAUGAACACACGAUGA